AUGACGAAAACGAAGAAAGAUUAUGCCCCAGGAACCUCCGUUCUGGUCAAGAGUGCUACUUCUAAUGGCCAUGAGGUGGGUACGUUCAUUGAGGCGUUGAAUGACUCGGUCUGUAGCGUUGAGCUCCAGAGUGGCAGAAAUAUCACCGUGAGUUGGUGGUCCCUUCAAGAGAUUUCCGAAGGGCCAGCCGAACGUGGUGUAACUCGCUACGUGGAUUACAUUGCUCGUGUUGGAGCUUGGCGCGACAACCGUCGUUCGGAAAACUAUCGCCGCCAAUUCGACUUGGGGGAGCUUCAUCGUCGCCUUUUGGUCUCUGAUAGAGAACGUGAAGAGCUCCAUUGUCAGGUGAGGAGGUUGGAGGAGAGGGUGAUUCAGUUGGACAACCGGUGCCAGCAGCUGGAGGACUUCUUGCGCGAAAGCAACCUUCCCAGUGGGUUUUAG